AUGUGGAAGGUCAAACCUCCCGUUGUGUUUCCUAAGGAGACGAGGUACCGGCCGAUUUUAGAGAGUUUGGUUCCCCCCGACCCCAUGUCCCAGUUCAACCUGAGGAGGGGUUCCCCUGAGGAGGAGUUCCCCAACCUUUGCAGGAACUCUACGUGGAUGGGACGGAUCCUCACGCCGGCCAUGUACAGCCGACAGUUCGACCGCUGCACCGACAGUGGGGUCAUCUUCGAUGAUGUCAUCCGCCCGGGCCUGGAGGAACCAGGUGAAUGUUCAGGCCCUGUAUCUGUGGGAUGUGUUGCGGGUGACGCUCAGUCCUACAUCCUGUUCUGUGACUUCUUCGACCGAGUCAUUGAGGCGUACCACCAACACAAGAUCACCAGCCAGACGCCAGAGAGCGACUUCAACUACGAUAACCUGAAGGGGGGUGAUGACUUUGACCGGUCAUACGCCGUACGCUGUGAGGUGAGUGUUGUUCGAGGUGUUGAAGACUUCAGCUUCCCGACACACUGCAGCCGAGGAGAGCGCAGACAGCUCCUCACGCUGGCCAGGAGAGCUCUGCAGCGACUGGAGGAGGAGGAGCUGCCGGGUCGACUCCUCUUACUGGAGGAGAUGAACCAGGAACAGCAGAGGGAGCUGAACCUGAAUGCUCCGUCUUCCUCCCAGCUCCGAAUCGGCAUAGCCCGCGACUGGCCGGACGCCCGGGCCAUCUGGGUGAGUAAAGAUGGCAGCCUCGUGGUCUGGGUCAACAUGGAAGACCACCUCAGACUGGUGUCUACACGAGAGGACGCCAACAUCGCUGAGGCAUUGAAAUGCAUCUGCAUCAACCUGCAGAAGCUGGAGGUGUACUACAGAGAGCUCCGACACCCGUUCAUCUGGAAGCAGCAGCUGGGAUGGGUGACCAGCUCUCCGGCCGACGUGGGGACGGGUCUGAGGGUCAGUGUCCACCUCAAACUGCAACACCUUCCCAAACACAGACGCCUCGAGGACGUCCUGCAGAGGCUGAGGAUCCGCAUGGACAAGUCAGAAUCCUCUGCGCUGUACCUUGUGAGCAAUGUGGCGACCUUCGGCCUGAGCGAGGUGGUACUGACCCAGCUGGUGGUGGACGGGGUCAAGCUUCUCAUCGCCAUGGAGAAGAGGCUGGAAGUCAACAGAGACGUCGACGAGCUCGUUCCUACACAGAAGUAGAUCUGGAUGAUGAUUGGCUGGAACGAGUGGAGAAACAGAUGGACUGACCAAUAAGAUGGAAGUGUGUAACCCGGUGCUGCCACCAGAAUCCAACAGCUUCCAGCUACAGAACAGAAUCUCUUCUUCUAACAAAUGCUCAUCCAGCCUUUUGAGAAUGUUUGUGAUUAUAUGAUCAUUAAUAAAUCAUUCAAAACAUACUUUAACUAAAAUUUAAAGUUUCCUGAAACCUUUAAUUUACACGAGUUGUGUUUUUUUAGGGUUUAGGGUGUAAGGUAGAGUUGUAGUUACUGACUGUGACCACUGGAGGGAUCAUGAUCGUUUCUCUGGUUAU